AUGCAAAGUCUAUCUUUGCAUAAUGGGGGUAUCCACACCAAUUCAAAUUUAAAAAUGAUUGAUAUACCAACCAGCCAGCUUAGCCUGCUGCUUCCCCAAAAACUGAUUGAAGACGUUUUAGGAUACCAAAACCAUGAUCUAUCUCCCUCAAGCCCCCAUAUAAUUUCCACUUCAAUUCAGUCAUCCCCUUCUUCUGUAUCCAAAUCUUCAUUUCCUCCAUCUCCACAAAUCGCACCCUUAGAAAGCCGCCUCCACUCUUAUUUAUUUAAACAUCCUCACAAAGGCUCGGUCUCUUUAAAACUUGCUACAUUAUUUGAAAACUUAAAUUUAUCAUAUUAGAAAUGAGUUAUUUUUUAAAAAAAAAUAAUAACACCCUUUUUUCUAUAGGAUAAUAGUACAUAUAAUGCGAGAAAAAUGGUAAAAGGUAUUUAGAAAUGUAUAGAAAAGGAAGUAGAAAAAGAAAUCGCUGAAUGCAAGCAGGAAGUUAAGCUUUGUAAUGAAAUUAAGACGGACUUUUUCGACGGAGUUGUAGCAACGAUUAAUUUAUUUGCUAAAAAACCUGAAAAAUUAAAUGCAAGGGCGAAAAUCUUUUGUCCAUUGGAAAUUGAUAAAGAAAAUAUCCCUCCACAGUGGAUAAAUGAUAAGAGAAAUUAA